AUGCACACAUCUGUAUUGAUCACCUUCAUCUGCCUUUUAGGCAUCCGAGGUUAGUUAUGUGCUCAUCAUUAAAGCAAGGGUGUUUUCCGCAUUCACAGACUUAAAACUGUCUAACACAUUUGUCCUGCAUGAGAUUGGACAGUGCCUAAAAAUACUUUCUUCAGCAUAUCCUUAGUGGUUGCUUAUCUGCAAAUUACAUGCAUAGACAAACGGCGAGGCCCAAAGGUCCUUUUCUGGAGACGAGUUUUACAUAUAAAAUUUGCCCAUUUACUUACCAGGUGCCACCAAACUGAAAAUCUUCUUAAUUCUAAUGGCAUCGUAAUCGAAGUCAGUGUUAUAAUCUGACCAGUACUUUAAAAGAAAUAACAUACUUUUCGAUGGAAAACGUACAACCAUUGUAAUCCCUUAGCAGGCUUGUAGGAAUAUACGAAAUUUUUUGACAGGACAGGAUGCAAUUAGUAAAACUGAUAAUUUCAGAAAACCUCUGUCUCUAAACCUACAUCUUUUUUUACCUCUUAGAUAUAUCAUGUGCGCCAAAGUCAGACCCAACGACUUAUAACAUAUCUUCGAAACCAAGUCGACUCACCGUGUUUUGCCCUUUUCUACCCACCGUAAGUACGCUUGACUUGGGAAAUUUCGGAAGAAUUCACAGGUCCAUCUCUGUGCUGCCAAGCCGAAUAGAUAAACCAGUACCAGAUAGGACUUCGUUUGGAUAAGUUUAGUGAAUAACCGAAAGAGAAUUUGCACAUCCAUUCAAGAUGGUUUAUAGCCAUACAAUAAAUAAAACAAGGGCAAAAAUAAAAAAUACAACGCAAAAAAGAUAAAGUUAUCGCCUGUAGAUCAUGAUUUUCACUCUAAGGAAAGACUAGUCAAGGGGUUAAUCAAAUCGUGUGGCUGAUUCCCAAACACAAAUCACUGCGUACUUUGACCUCCGCAUCGCAAUGUUCUUCAGUCGAAAUACUGUGGCUGCCAAAAAAACCAAUUUUUAGGAAACCUUUUAUUUUUAUUCAUCGUAUCUUUUUUCUUGAGUCCAUGAGAACUAAACUAUGCGUCAACAAAAAAAAACAAAUCUUGUAAGUGUGAACUGUGCACCAAUUUACCUUAUGAAGGGAAUGUGGAUAAACUUGAUAAUGCGCCGAUAAGCAAGUCACUGAUGUGUUAAUCAGUGAUUGGCUUAGUUUGAGGAUGGUAAUUUUAAUAUUCUGUUCUUUCUAUAGGGAUCUAUAAGGAUGUCGCAUUAAACACAGUGCAUAUUUUAAGGAACACUGGUCAUGCUGCCACCAAAUGUCCCUUACGCUCAAAUUUGUCUGUUGAAGAGAGCUACACGAUACUCAGCAGAGUAAAAGUCUUUGCGAACCCCCCAACGACAGCAGUAUCGGUCCUCAUUCGACCACUUUUCGCCUGAUCCCAAUUUAUGCGUUAUGUUUCAUGAACUCUCCCCAAUAACGGAGGUUUUCCUUAUAUGGAAACUGUACAGUUUUUUGUUUGGAAGCCUUGAGCACAGGUAAAACUGCAGGUUGGCCUCAAGCGUAUACGGGAAUUUAAAAACGACCGAAAUGGGCAUGAAAUUGCAUUUUAUACAUGUUUUGUGUGGAGUAAAUUGAUUGCCUUUUGAUGGACAAUGACUGUAUUCCGUUGCAUUCAUAUUUUAAUGCAACUUCGUCUUUUAUACGAAACUGCUUAAUACUCAAAAAGAUAGACCUCUGCGAAUCUAUUAAAGACAGCACUUCCGAUCUCGUUAGACUAGAUUUCUCCUGGUAUCGCCACAUGCGUAGUGAUUUUAAAUUAAUGGCCUGGCGAAACAGGAAGAAGACCCCCUAGGUUGAGAUAAAAUUCCAGUGUAGAGUAACGCGUACUUGCAAAAAAUUAGCUCCAUAGACGCCAAUUACACUGUUAUCGCCCACCAAAUUAAGUAUGGUAUUAUGUAUAGGUAUUAUUUAUUGAGUUUCAGUAAAUUUUAAUCAAGACCUUUGUUGCGCGUUGCUAAGCUCGUUUUCUAGCAAUAAACAUUAAUAUUAAAAAGCAGGCCCCUUCCAAACUAAAGUUAUAAUUGAAAAGUUGAUUUCUGAGAAGUUGUCUGACCAAACAAAUUGCUCUCUGACAACAAACCAUUUCAAUCUAGACUUAGGCUUCACAAGUGCUGCCAAGCCAUUUGACCUUGCAACUUACCAAUGGACUUAAAUAGACAAACGCCGAGCUUUGCAAUAAUUCUGAAUUAGAACCGCACAUUUAUUAUUAUGAAACAGCCUAUUUUCAAAUUGCUGAACCAUCUCACUCCCGGGUUUAUCUGCUGGACAAAUUAGUGGCAUUAACAGUUAACUCCGUUAUUACUCAGACGGCAUCGUAGGUAGGGUCUCGCCUGUCUAACUGAGCAUAGAUUCUAAUUUCCUUCAUAUCACACCUUAAAAACUGAUUAUUUACUCCAGAAACUUAUCGCGGACAAAACUUACCAGCUUGAUGGAAAGCUCUGCAGAAACGGCAAGAGGAUCUUAUCCUGCAAGGUGACUCAAGGUAUAGAUAAUGUUCCCAUUUUUGACAAAAAAUUAAUUUUUUGCUUUUUUAUGAGUGGUGUUUCUAAUAAGGCCUGUUUACAAAAUUACCAGUCAAUUUCAGUGGAGUAUUUUCGUGCAUUUAGUGGGAAAUAUGUGGCGACUGAGCCUUUCCUUUCCACACACAAAUUUCACGCAGUUAGUGGUCCUUCCAGACCACGAGAAGUUCGCCAUUACGAUGCAAGGUGAACCUUUCAGUCGGACCAGGUUAUGUAAGUAUUUUGCCUAGCUAUUUUAUUUCAAUUAUAAAUAUACAUGUCGCCUAAGCCUAAGACACGUCACGACCUAUAACAGUUUUUUUACAAGACUGUCUAAAGGAAGGCAGUACCAUGGUACAAUGUGCUGAAGGCUUUCACUAAUAGUCGUCAAUAUGAUUAAGGUUGCACCGUAGACUCCUAUGACCAUACAUAGGUCUGAUGUAGCAUAUUACUCAUAUGGUUUAUGUAAAAGUUCCCUCUGCACCUAUCGGUUUUUGAGAUGUAAAUGAAAAAAAACGCAAUCGUGCACCUACAACGGGGCUUCGUGAACCACUGGGGAAAAAUAACCUAUGGACUUUUUUUAAAACCCUGAAACUGCAAGUGACUAUGGCAGAUCUCUAGUUUGACUGAGGAUCUUGCAUAUCUGCGAGCAUGAUAUUGCUUAAGGCUGGUUAUCAACGGCUAAUGAGCCGCAAAUCACCAUUCCAGUCUCUCUUGUCUUUGUCGCAAUUGCACUUCGUCAUUGCUGGUCGCCAUGCGACUACCUGUGAAGGCCCUGAAUUUAAUUCCAGGGCGCAUCUCGACAAUCAUGCCCGUACCCUGAUCAAUGGACUCGUUACCACUUUAGAUCGAAUUUUUCCCACUGUAGUGUACCUCCAAAGACGUUAAAUGGCCGCCUUGUCUUAAAUCUUGGGUCUUUUUAAAAGCGGCCCUUCGUUUGAACCACCUUUUCAACAUUUUAGACCAAACAUUUUCUUUUCUGGACUCAAAACCCUUCUAUCAUGUAACUGAUGCCAAGAAAAGCACCCGGACUGUUAGGUGUGCCAUCAAAGUACCGGGAGAUCCCUUAGCGUUGAAGGUAUGGUAUCAAUGUGCUUUCCAAUUACCUUACACGUGAGUUUGUAAACUGUAAACCAGCUGACUUUGGGAGCGGAAUCUGCACUGAGUGAACAAUGCUCAAAGUUGAACUCAUGAACCUUCUCGAAGGUGUGACCGGCUACUUGUGAUAAUUCGUCGCUUCGUCACAGAGUCAGCUUUUCCUCAUGUCCGCACGAUCCGAGCGUGCUCACAGUCUGACUCGCGUAGUUAUGAGGACGGUUUGUGUGUCGGAUGCGAUACAUUAAACAGACCGCUCACUGAGAUUUUGUCUGUUUUUCACUUCCGUGACCUGGUUUCGCAUGGUAGCUCCGAAAUCUAGUCCUGCAGCAAUACGCUCAGUCGUCUCUGAGACGUCCUUUAUGCGCGGCCGAGUAUGCCAAUAUUUUUGGUGCUAUUUCCAGUAAGAUGUGGUCUGGUAGCCCCACCUGAUAGACCUAAUGCUGUUGGGGUUGGUGUUAGGGGUUAGAGUAAGGGGUCAUGGGUAGGAGUUAUGGCCAGGGACUAGAGUUAGCGUUUAGGAUUACUGUAGGUGGACUAACUCAUGAAGUGUCAAUCAAAAUUCCGAGGUGCGUUCUCGUUUCGAAAAGAUUAAUCAAGGAGGGUUGUAAAACUAAUAAUGGAAUAGCAUAAUCCUAUAAUAAUUCAGUUACCUAAGAAUGCCUGCUUUCGAAAGAACCUCUUUUUGGCUGCAUGCAAAAGCUAUACUCUGUAAAAAAUACUACUAAAGUAGCAGGCAUUUUUCUCGUUGAUUUUCAAUGCCAUUUAAAAUUCAAUUAUAUUUCAUGGAAAACAGGCAUAAAAAUAUUCAUUCCUUUGCCCAAUCGGUAGUAGAUUACGUCUUCGUUCAAUAUUACGAUCGAAGGAAGGGUAUAAUUCGGUUUUCAAAAACUUAACCGAUUCCUAAAUAAUUCUGAGCCCGACCUGCCGUUACGCUUACAUUCAGGGCUUCCAAAAUACAAGCCCUAUAAUUUCCGCAUGCGGAAAACCAUACAUAUCCCUACGAUAUUAAGAGAAGAAUAUAUGGGGUUCAUAAAAUUUAGCAGUGGAUUUGAGCCAUACUGUCAGUUUUACAAGCCACAUUGGUAAUUGCAGAGGCAGGAGGUUUUAUGAAUGAGCAUUUCACGGCAUUAACAAAUCUCACAAUCAGAAACGUUAUUGAAACCCAGUGAUACCCUCCUUUCGAGCAUAAAAUUUAAAGAAGACGUAAUCUGCUACCGAAUGAGCAAAUGAAUGAGUGUUUUGUAUAUGUCUUCCAUGAAAUAUGAUUGGAUUUUUAAGGUCAUCGAAAAUCAACGAGAAAAAUGCAUGCUACUCAAGUAGUAAUUUUUUACAGAGCAUGGCUUUGGCAUGCAGCCAAAAAGAAGUUCUUUCGAAAGCCGGCAUCCUUAGGUAACUGAAUUAUUAUAGGAUUAUGCUAUUCUAUUAUUAGUUUUACAACCCUCCUUGAUUAAUCUUUUCGAAACGAGAACGCAUUUCGGAAUUUUGAUUGAUACAUCAUGAGUUAGCCCAUCUACUGUAGGGGUUAUAGUUAGGGGUUAGGACUAGGGUAAGGGGUUACGGCAUAUACUUCUCAACCAUUCAAAGUACAACCGCGCAUCUCCAUUAGCCUUUUUUUGCAUACAACGACUUGGCCUUGUCGCCUGUGCGUCCCCCGGCUCCACCUGUUUACUUCAGGUGGGGCUACAUAACCACAUCUGGCCGGAAAUUCCGUUUGGGUCCCCCGGGAUGAACACGAAGGCAUCAACUUAUAGACGCCUUCAGAUGGUUAUCCAGUGUAAUUUUGUCCCAGAUAUAUCGAGUAUCAAGAGCUUUAUCUUUCGGGUCGUUGCCGUGAGCAUGAGGCCGCUUGAAGUGUUCUCAAACAAUCAGUUGAAAGCCACCAGAUGAAGAAUGUUGACCCUUAUCUGAAACUGUCUCUGAUGAUGGGUUCAAGUGAGAAUCCAAAACGUUUGGCCAAUUAACGUCUUGUUCCAGCGAUCGCAUCUGCUUCUUCUUCUGCUGAGUUACCGGAUGGUUGCUGUGAAAACUGAUGAACUUCAUGGUGUUCCUUGUCGUCCUGUAAACUCUAAACUCUGUUUCGCUGCGGGUCCUUCGCCUGACGAGCAGGCGCUGCUUCUCUCCUUCUUUGCUCGCUAAUAGGACGUCUGAGGAGAUCGGAUUGAGGCGGUUUCGAAACUUCUGCUGCAUGACUGAGAGCAAUAUCAUUGUGUCAGUGUGAAAAUUUUAAACAAAUAUAUUAAUCACACUGUAGCCCUCAUUACAUAAAAUAAAUAAACGACAAGAAUAUAUACCAGAUAUGUUUAAAUAAAUCUUUAUGGUAAACGUGAUUUGAAAUGUCAUGAAUGCUAACCUCUUCCUACUCUUCAAAACUACCCUACAAAGCUGGCAGUCUUCGUUGACGGAGUUACUCAAUGCAGCUUGAGUCUACAAAAGGCGGAUCCCUGCGGUAUGUUGCAAUUGUCCGCUAUGACAUUUAAUUAAAAUCCCGUAGGUGGCGUCGUGUACGUACCCAAGUUGGAAAUGGUUUACGCAUCAGUUACGGUGAAAAAUAGAGCGGGCAAGUUGGGGUCACUCCACAGUGUGAUUUGUAAAAUUAACGGGACGCAUGGAGAGAAGUACAUCUCACAUUACGUGAGCUUUGGAUCUAACGGUGAGUACCCUCCACUUCGCUAAGAUAAUUGUUUAAAGUUCCUUUCUGAGCUCCUUGACAAUUCGCGCUUUUUCUAAUUUUUAGUUUACAUAACCUAA